AUGAAGUGGACAAUAGUGACAAUCUUCAUCUUUUCUUCCCUCGUUGGAAGCAUUAGCUCUCGUCGUCUCAAGCCAAGAAUUAUCGGAGGAUCCAACGCAAAAAUCACAGACUUUCCUUACCAAGCGUCGCUUCGACUCGUUGGUUUGUACCACCUCUGUGGUGGUAGCAUCAUCAGCGAGAAACAUAUUCUCACGGCAGCUCACUGCGUUGAUAAUCUCUUCGUAAAGCCUCCGUGGACGUUGGUAAGUGUACACACAGGAACCGAUAACUCGAGCAGUCCAGGUCAGGUGCAUAAGAUCGACUGGAUUAAGAUUCAUCCAGACUGGAAGCAAAUACAGGAGUCGUCAUACCGUCACGAUAUUGCUAUUAUUAAGCUACAAGACGAGAUUGUCUUUGAUGAGAAUCAGCAAAAAAUUAGUUUACCCAGCAAAGACAUCUAUAGUGGGAUGAAGGUCAAUUUGACCGGUUGGGGUCAUUACGAACACGACAGUGCCGAAUCGGUACUGCUCCAAAAGCUCAAGACGAAGCUCCUUACGAAUACAGAAUGUCAGCCGGAUUACAAAGAGACAUUAUACGAGGAUCAAGUUUGCGCUUUCAGUAGGAGAGGAGCCGGCGCUUGUCAUGGCGACAGUGGCGGGCCGUUGGCUGCUGAUGGAAAAGUCGUCGGAAUCGUUUCUUGGGUCGUUACGGAAAAGUGCGCUGUUGGUGUACCUGAAGUUUACACCAAUGUCUAUGCGCAUAGGGAGUUCAUUGAGUCCGCGAUAAGGGGAUGA